AUGGCCAAUGGCAUCAACACAUCAACAGAGAAGCGGAAGUUUCGUAGUCUACUUGCAAAGAAAAAAAGAUUAAAGAAAGAAAUAUUUGCUAUUGAAAAAGAAUUGUUCAAGACCGAAACUGCACAUUUGGAGAUGACACAAGGUGCUCCAAUCACAAAAAACGUGGAUUACUAUACAUCAAAUAGAAUAGAUAAAAAGAAGUCAGCUGUGAAUGACAAAAUGAGAAUGUUUAAUAGAAACUUUCCUAUGCCAAACAAGUAG